AUGACCUCCUCCUCAGACUCUUACUCUCAUGAUGUCGCCGUCGUGGGCUUCUCGCUGCGCUUCCCCGAAAAGGCCACUUCCCCCCAGGCCUUCUGGGAGCUUGUGCAAGAAGGCCGUUCGUUCAUGAAAGAAGUCCCCUCCAGUCGAUUUAACAUUAACGGUUUCUACCGUCCCGACGCCAUGGUUCUCAAGGACCAACUGUUUGACUAUCUCACCCAAUCCGACUGGCAAGCCGUGCUCGACCCUAAGCUCACCGGAACGUGGAACCUACACCACCAGCCCUCUAGCCAUCUGGACUUCUUCGUCAUCCUCUCCUCCCUCGGCGGCAUGAUUGGCUCUCGCGGCCAAUCACAAUACACCGCCGUCGCGGCCUUCCAGGAUGCGUUCGCGCGAUACCGUCAUGCUAGGGGUCAGCCAUGCAUCUCCCUCGACAUCGGACUCGUCAAGUCUGUCGGAUACGUCGCCGAGCAAGAAGAUAUCGCCUAG